AUGUCGCGCACGAAUAAACGAAGAGCAGAAAAACAAGAUUCCGAAGCCGAGGAUGUCAAGCGCAUCAAGACAGACGACAACUCUCCUACCGAAGCCCUCGCUCCUCUUCAAGAAAUCCCACAGAGGAAUAGGAGUGCCGAGUUCUGGUAUCCUGACGGUAACGUAGUCAUCGUUAUCGCCGACACCGCGUUCAAGCUCUACCAAGCACGCCUCUCGCGCUUCUCUGCGGUCUUCGCCAGACGCUUUGAUACUGAGGACGUCCAAGCUUUGGAGCGGAUGGAUGGUUGCACCGUGUAUCCUUUGACCGGGCUCAGUGUAGAUGACUUCGAGCAAUUUCUCGCGGUUUUAGAGGACCCCUUUAAAUUCACCUCCACGGCACCCUCCCAAGAGACUCUCAUCCCCAUCCUCCGCGCCUCCCAAGCCCUCGAGUGCCAGAAAGCGCGCGAUCUUGCCGUCGAGAAGCUUCGCGCGCUCUGGCCGCAUGACGACCCCUCCCUCCCGGGCGGCCGUCGCCCCUGGACGACUGCGGUAACCGUUAUCCAUGCCUCACGCGAAUGCGCGGUGUCCGAGCUCCGCGUGCGCGCCUUGUACGAACUCAUCCGCGACGCCCAGUUCUGGCACGCGCAAGCGCGGAAGCGCGCAACGAUCGAGCUGUCCGACCAAGACAUCAUCGGGCUCUUCUUCGCGCGCCAGUGGUUGCAAGGGGCAUGGCAGGAGUGCGCGUUCACCGCGCCAUCUGCGAAGGGAUAUACGGGUGCUCCCGAGGGAGGUUGCGGCGGCGCGGUGCAGAGGGCGGGGUGCCUCCCAGGACGCGCGGCCGGCCCCACCCGGCGAGCAGCAUGGCUGACCGACAUAAUCGUCACUGGCGACUUCGACAAGGGAAAACAAGAUCCUAUUGGCUACUUGCAGGCCAUGGUUGAGGGAACAAAGAAGAGAUACAGAGACGUAGGUUGGUGCGAGACAUGCAUGGAGGAGAGGAAGCAAGCGUGGAGGGAGGCUCAACAGAAAUGGUGGGGCAGUCUCAGCGUGUUCUUCAAGAACUAG